UUGACUUUCUAGUAUCAGCUCAAAAGAGCUCCGAUCUGGUGGCUGGAGGAUCAGUCCGUUGCACAGCCCAAAUGAAAUUGCUAGCAGGUGCUCUGUUUAUUGUGGCAUGGACCACAUCUUGUACCCCAAGCCAAAUCUUGACGGUCCCUGAAGACUGCAAUGAUGCAAAAAUAGAUAAGGAUGCGGAGGUGGCCCUCGAUCUAAUCAAUAAGUAUCGCACAGAUGGCUACAUUUUUGCCCUGUUUCGUGUUGCUGAUGCUCAUGUGCAACAUCUGAAAAAUGCAUCUUUAGUGUACCUAACUUUGGAUGUCUUGGAAACAAAAUGUCCUGUAAUAUCCGGAAAACACUGGUCAUCUUGUGGACACAGACCAUUCUUAAGUAUAACGGAUUUGGGGCAAUGUAAGGCUGUUAUGUAUAUAAAUGAACUUUUCGAGACAGAAGAACUAUAUGCGUACAACUGCACUGUCAGUCCAGUUCCACCAAAAAUAUAUGAAUGUAAGCACUGCCCUGUAAGAACAACAGUUCUAGAGGACACUGAUAAGUACACUGAAGAAGCCAGCAAGAUCUUGGAGGAGUACAUGCUGGGGAGCAACGAGUCAAAUUAUUUCAAGGUGGAGAAAGUCCAAAAAGUUUUCAGCGCAGUGGCCGAUCGUACGGUAUUCAUUGUUGAAUUCAUCAUAAAAGAGACAAAAUGCUCCAGAAACACUCAUCCAAGAAAUGUUUCCAAAUGUGAAUUCCUGCCUGAUGGAAAAGCUAAUCUGGGAUUCUGCACAGGAAGAAUAGUUAAAGAGACAAAAGUUCCAGAUGUGGUCGUAGUAGACUCCUGUGAAAUCUGUGAUAUUCUGUAUUGCAGCGUCCUCAACCAUAGUCACCACUUCCACCAUGAUUCAGGAGAAGACCAUCGUCACUGCAAUGCAACUGGGCAUGAAUGCAAACAUGUGCUACACAGACAUCAUCAUCAUCAUCAUCACCCUCAUCAUCCUCACCAUCAUCAUCAUACUCAUCCUCACCAUCAUCAUCAUCAUCAUCAUCAU